AUGUCUGCCCCAGCGCUGACGGAAACGACCCGCCAGGUCGCCCUGGUGACGGCCGGGAGCGCCGGUCUCGGGGCGGCGGCGGCCCGGCUCUUUGCGGCCAACGGCAUGCGCGUCGUCGUCAACUAUUGUCACAACAAGGAGCGGGCUGAGGCUCUGCUGGCCGAGCUGCUCGAAUUAUCGCGUCGGACCUGGAACCGGCAGCCAGGAGACACGGGCGACAACGGCAGCCAGCAGCCGCCCGACUUCCUGCUCCUGCGCGCCGACCUGGCCAGCCGGGAUCAGGUGCGCGCUCUCGUCGAUGACACCGUCUCGGCUAUGGGCAGGCUGGAUGCCAUAUUCUCCAACCAGGGCUGGACUCAGAUUCGGGACUGGACCUCGCUCGACGACAGCGCCGUCGAGGACGACUGGGACCGUUGCUUCAACAUGAAUGUCAAGAGCCACCUCUGGCUGCUGCAGGCGGCCAAGAAGCACCUGGAGGAGACCGAGGGCUGCAUGGUUGUCACCUCGUCUCUGGCCGGAAUCAGGCCUGGAGGGAGCUCCUUGGCCUAUUCGGUAACUAAAGCCGCACUGAACCAUUUGGUCAAAGGCCUCGCCGUUAUCGCCGCCCCAAAGAUUAGAGUGAACGCCGUGUGUCCGGGGCUCAUGCUCACAGAAUGGGGCAUGAAGUUUCCACAAGAAAUCCAAGACAAGAACAUAGCUCAGACGAAGCUGAAGCGAGUUGUGACCCCAGAGGAAACGGCAGAGCAAGUGCUCUGUUUCGUCAAGAGCAAGGGAGUGACGGGCGUGAAUGCUAUCAUCGAUGCUGGGUGGUCGCUCUGA